CUUCACUGUGUACGGACAAAGGCAUCCCCUAUCAGAGCUAUUCCGAUGCCCAUUCUGUAUAUUACACGUCAUCAUUUUGUUAAUACACAGCUUUAUAGAAUACAUGAAAUCUAGGGGAGGACAGACGUCGACACAGGAAACAGAGCAACAGGAUGGCAGUGCUGAAAGUGAAAUUCACAAAGACCAGAAGGGGAAAACUGGCACAGAUAUUGUGGAUCCUUAACUGGGUGUCAGUGCUUACAGGGCUCAUUAUAUUCAGCCUUGGCCUCUUUCUUAAAAUUGAAAUCAGGAAACGCAGCGAGCUGAUGGUGAGUGGUGGCAUGCACACAGUCCCCAACAUGCUCAUAGCAGUGGGAGUCAUUGCUUGUGUCAUCAACUUUUUUGGGGGCAAGAUCUGCUAUGACUGCUCGGACGCCAACAAGUUUGUACGAUGGAAGCUGUUCAUGUUGCCCUACAUUAUCUGCACCUUCUUCUUCACCUUCUGCGUCUUUGCAGGAGCCAUCAUGUGUUACACAAUGCGGAAUGAACUAGAAUCUGCAUUGUACCGUGGACUUAAGGAUGCAGUAAAGCAUUACAAAGAUACAGAUAUUCCGGGACGUUGCUUCUUAAAAUCCACCAUAGACCUCUUACAGAUUCAGUUUCGCUGUUGCGGAAACAAUGGCUUUAGAGACUGGUUUGAGAUUCAGUGGAUUUCUGCCCGCUAUCUGGAUAUGGGUUCAAAGGAGGUUGUUAAUCGUUUUAAAAGCAAUGUUGAUGGGAAGUACCUUUUGGAUGGAGUCCCUUUUAGUUGCUGCAACCCCAACUCCCCUCGGCCUUGCAUCCAGUACCAGAUCACCAACAAUACAGCCCACUACAACUAUGACUUCCUGACAGAGGAGCUGAACAUCUGGACUCAGGGCUGCAGAGAGGCUCUUCUGGGAUAUUAUGAUGAACUUAUGCAAUCAAUUGGCUUGACAGUCCUUUUAAUUUGGCUGUUUGAGCUAUCAGUGCUGACCGGUGUACGGUACCUGCAGACAUCCAUGGAAAAUGUUUUGAUCCUGGGAGACCCAGAAAGUGAAUCCGAUGGUUGGUUACUGGAAAACAGCUGCGUGGAAACAGCCAAACACAACUUCAUGAUCAUUAAGAACCUUGGAAAAGCAAACCAAAUAAACAACGUGGCAAGAAAGUCAGACCCAAAUAUGGAUAUACCAACAGCAGACUAUGGUCCAGAUAAUGUUCCUCUUGGUCCCAUUCCAGGUGACAGUUGACCUUGAUUAAGUUUGGUGCCUGCCAAGGAUAUUGCACCAAAGCUAUAAAAGUCAUUAACGCCACCAAGGGGAUUUCCCCCAUCUAUCCCGAGUGCACUGAGUGAGACAUAGUGCUAGGAUACUUUAUUGGAUCUCUCAAGGUUCUAGAUUAGCAGUAAGUUGCUUAGAAAACAACUAUUUUGAUUUAAUUUUGCUGGAAAACUAAUGGGGGAAAGACCAAAAUGUGUUGAUUUGUGAUUCAGAGAAAACAAAUCCUAUUACUAUAAGGAAAUUGAAGAGGGUUACGGAUAAGGCCUAUUGAUGGCACAUUAAUUGACCAGGUCAAAUAGCAAAGACGUGCAAUGUGUCUCAGCAGAGCCCACCCUCCUGAUAUGAACUGAAGCUCAAGAUAUUGUGUCUGUACCUGAGUGGUGGCAUUCCUUUCUAAUUCAACGUACCUGUGAGGAACUACAAACAACAUAUAAGCAAUUUGUAGUUGGAAUAUUUUAUUGCAAUCCAAAUGUAUGCAAAGUAACAUUAGAUACUAGGGGGAGCAACUAGCACAAGAUCACAUUGAGUGACAAGUCCUUGUUCUUUUUACCUUCUCCACAGACAACACAGACAAAUUUACUCAGCCCUUCUAUCCCAUAUUCCUAAAAUGUUUAAUGACAGCAUUAGCUACAUAUGUAUGUUUCCAUUAAAUUGUAACAAUCAGUCUAAGGGUACCAAAUCAGGAACACUAAAUGCAUUAAGAAGGGCAGCAAGUGUUUUAAGUAUGGGAUCCGUUAUCCGGAAACCCGUUAUCCAGAAAGCUCAGAAUUCUGGAGAGGCUGUCUCACGUUGACUCCAUUUUAUUCACAUAAUCAACAUUUUUUCUUUUUUUCAAUAAUAAUAAUAAUAAUAAUAAUAAUAAAACAGUAUCUUGUACUUGAUCCAAACUAAGAUAUAAUUUAUCCUUAUUGGAAGCAAAACCAGCCUAUUGGGUUUAUAUAAAGUUUACAUUAUUUUCUAGCAGACUUAAGGUAUGAAGAUCCAAACAAUGGAAAGGUCCAUUGUCUGGAAAAUGCUAGGUCGUGAGCAUCCUGGAUAACUGGUCCCACACCUGUAUUCAAUUUAAAUGCCAUUGGGUAAUAAACCCCCAAAGAAACCCAAAAUCGACAUAGGGGGUAAAUAAUUGAAAAAGAUAGAGAGAUUUGCUCAAUCUAAAACAUCUGUAUUUUGUCUACAGUGCAGGUCAGAAAUAGCCAUCAUAUUCUAUACAUUUAUUGCUAUCUAAACUCUAUUUGGGCUUGUUAGUCAGAACGUGGUUGGUAGGAAGUAGGAACUAGGAAAAACUUUAAAAUCAGUGGCAAAAAUCAAGAAAAAACAUCAAGGCAAACAUUCUGAAGCUCCUUUCCUUAAUAUACUCAAGCUCAUCAUCAUCAUCAUCAUCAUCAUCAUGAGCCACACUUGUGCUGGUUGCAUGUACUGAAUGUAGCCAAGUCAUUUGUCAGGUUUUGUUGCAUUUCAUUUGCCAUGAGCUCAAGUUCAAGGCUACUUAACUUUUGAAUGGAGCCCUUAUCUUCCAUGUAAAAUAGGAUGAGAGCACAAUAUAAGUAGAUUAUAAAGUAUCUUCGUCUCCCAA